AUGGCUCCGACGGCAUCCUCUUCCAAGAAGGCUCCAGCAAUGAAGACCCUGAAAACAACCCUGCGGUCACUGCUUAACAUGUUCCAGGACAUUUGUGGGUUUGCGGAGAAUUUAAGUGAAGUGACAAGUGCUAGUCAGGUAACGGUUCGUCUGGAGAAACUAGAUGAGUUAUGGGAGAAGGUAAACGAGAUGAUUCUGGAAAUCGAGAUACACGAUGACUACGACGAAAAAGAGGACGACUGUUUCAAGCAGCGAUCGGCGUUCGGCAGCAAGUAUUAUGACUUGAAGUCCUUGCUGUUGGACAAGGUCAAGGAGUUUGAGGAACCAGCAGUUCUCAACCAAUCGACCCGAAGCUUGGACACGUCGCACCAACCAAUUGGGGAGCAUGUGCGACUGCCGCGAAUAAUGUUGCAGACCUUCGACGGCAACAUCGAUGAUUGGCUGAGUUUCCGUGAUCUGUUUAUAUCGCUCAUACACAGGAAGGUGGAAUUACCGGAGGUAGAAAAGUUUCACUACCUUAAGGGGUGCUUGGCAGGCGAGGCCAAGGCCCUUGUGGAUCCGUUGGUUAUUACAAGAGCAAACUAUCAAAUCGCCUGGGAUACAUUGAUGAAGCGCUACAACGAUAGCAAGCAGCUGAAGCGGCGCCAAAUCCAGGCACUUUUCAAACUCCCAAAGCUGACUAGGGAGUCGGCAGUCGAUUUGCAGUCCCUGCUGGAGGGAUUCGAGAGAACUACUCAAACAUUGGACCAGUUAGUUCAGCCCGUCGAUUACAAGGAUCUGCUGCUUCUGGAUAUCUUGUGCGCUCGCCUGGAUCCAGCGACACGGAGAAGCUGGGAGGAAUUCUCGUCCACCAAGGAGCACGAUACUAUAAAAGACCUGACUGACUUCCUGCAGCGCAGGGUUAAGGUUUUAGCAUCCCUACCAUCCAAGCUCUCCGAUUCCAAGGUGGAAUAUUCCCAAGCCAAGAAGAGAUCUCCCAAUCCUCGUUCAAGUUACAGUAUCGUUCACAGUUCAGGUGCAAAUUGUGCUGCAUGUCGAGAGGACCAUCUUCUUUACCAGUGUCCAACCUUCCAAGACAUGUCCGUUUCCGAUCGUGACAGAUUGUUACGAAGCCAAGCACUUUGCCGCAACUGCUUCAAACGUGGACAUCGAGCGCUGGAAUGCCCUUCUCGAUUCUUAUGCCGGAACUGCAAAGGCAAACACCACACAUUGGUUUGCUUCCGACCAUCUUCAAAUGGAUAUGAAAACGGAUCACCGAGCGCUCGAACUUCUGCAGUGGGCACUAGUUCUCAAUCAGAAAGAGGAAGAUCUCCCCGUGGAACGCCAACGCAGGUGUCGUCGAAUGUUUCUGGAAAUCGUACGUCGUCGGUACUUCUUGCAACGGCCAUAGUUAUUGUCGAAGAUGAAGAUGGAGUCCGUGUUCCAGCUAGAGCAUUGUUAGACUCCGGAUCAGAAUGCAAUUUUAUGACUGACCGUUUUUCUCAGCAGUUAAAAGUCCAACGACAGCGGUCAGAUAUCGAGGUUUACGGAAUCGGGCAAGCUAACAUGAAAGUGAAGCACAAGGUCACAGCCACCUUAAAAUCGCGAGUAACAGGGUUCUCGCGAAAGAUGGAAUUUCUAUUAUUACCGAAGGUGACAGCAAAUCUUCCAAUAGCCAAUGUGGACAUGGCUGGAUGGGAAGUUCCAGCCGGCGUAGAAUUGGCAGAUCCAGCCUUUUUUACAUCUAAGACUGUCGACCUGGUGUUAGGAAUACAACACUUCUUCACUUUCUUCAAUAACGGAAACGAGGUUAGUCUUGGAGAAGGUUUUCCUACGCUCACGGAGUCGGUGUUCGGAUGGGUGGUAUCCGGAUGUGUAAAUGGGUUGCACAGUAACCACCGCAUAUCCUGCAAUAUAGCAGUCAGUCUAGAGGAGUUACUGACUCGAUUCUGGUCAUGUGAGGAAGUGGAAGAGCAGCUGGGAAGCAAUGAAGGGAUUCGUUGUUACUUACCUCAUCAUCCUGUAGUCAAGGAGGAAAGCACCACAACCAAGGUCCGAGUAGUAUUUGAUGCGUCGUGUAAAACGAUAACAGGGACGUCGCUCAACGAUACGCUGCUGGCGGGACCGGUCAUCCAGGAUGAUCUUCGGUCAAUUAUCCUGCGGAGCAGAACAAGGCAAAUCAUGGUGGUUUCGGAUGUUGAAAAAAUGUUUCGACAAAUUCGAAUUAGCAAGGAGGACACCCCACUACAAAGUAUUCUGUGGCGAACGGAUCCUAGUGAGAUCAUUCAUUAG